CCCCAAUUCCCCUACCUCCAAAUACCCCCUCCGUCCUAAGUUGCCGCCUCCGCCGCCAGAGGUCUCCACCCGCACCCCAUUCGGCCGGUCUGCGAGAGUAAACUUCAAAAUUUGUCCAUUUAGUAAUUUCCAAACUAUUUUGGAAUGGGGGGUCCUAAGAUAGAGUUCAAAGGGUCACUGACCACCUCCGACCCAAGGAAAAACCCAGUACUCAUCAUUGGUCAGCUUCGUCACCUGACUGCGCUCUCCUUCAGCGAUGUCGCCCCAAAGUUGCAGCCACGAGUGGAUGAAGAGGCAUGGAACUUAUCAGUGAACAGCCUGCAGCCUUCCCCAACAGACUAUUGUUCACUUUACUUGAAUUUGGCAACAGUAGCAGCCCUUCCAAUUAAGUGCUCUCGCCACAACACCCCCUCACGGACCCACUCCAUUACCAAGAUUAUUAAGACUCAUUCUACUGGUGCUGAUGAGUGUAUUGUGCUUGUAUGUGAACGUUCUGAUGUAUUUGCCAGUGCCUGUGGUGUCGCCAGAGCAUACCCUCUUUACUCUAGGAAAACUGCCGCAUGUUCCUCAUCAGAUCACAAUGUUACUGUUGAGGUCAUACUAGUUGGAUCAGGAGAUUCUCCUUUGAGUGAGGAUGAUAUUAGGAUUUUAAAUGAGUCUGUGUACAGUGUGAGACUUGCAGGGAUCGUUGAUACCCCAGCUAAUGAGAUGCAUACAGAUUCUUUCAUUGAGAUGGCCAGAAGAUACACCAUGUAUUGUAUUAAGAAUAUUUCACAUUUGUUUAUUUAUAUUUAUGUUUUCAGAACUGUAGAAAUAAAUAACACCGAUGCAGAGGGUCGGCUUGUCCUUAGUGAUGGUGUAGCAUAUGCAGCUAAAGAUUUGCGAUGCACAACCAUUUUGGACAUGGCUACUCUUACUGGUGCACAGGGCACUGCAACAGGGAAGUACCAUGCUGCAGCACUUACCAAUAACCAGGAAUGGGAAGAUGCUCUUGUUACUGCUGGCCAAACCUCUGGAGAUUUGGUUCAUCCAUUGCCAUACUCCCCAGAAUUACACUUUGCUGAGUUUGCAUCUGCUGUUGCUGACAUGAAGAAUUCGGUGGCAGACCGAACAAAUGCCACCUCUUCAUGUGCUGGUCUCUUCAUUGCUGCUCAUCUCGGAUUUGACUUUCCGGGCAUUUGGAUGCACGUUGAUAUGGCAUAUCCAGUGCACUGUGGUGAACGUGCUACUGGGUAUGGAGUAGCAUUGCUGCCAGUUCUGUUUGGACAUCACUCAAACAGCAGGAUUUUCCGCGGUUUAGCACCUCUGUCAUCUGAAAAUGGAGAAUGUGAAGUUAAUUGUAAAGCCUCCAAGAAGAUGAGGCUAGCAUAAAGAAGACGGGUAGAGUUCAGAAUUGGUUGCUAGAGGUACUGAUAACCCAGAAUUCAGUUACUAAAGUUCCCAUGUCUUGUAUCAUCGCUGCCAUAGUAUGAAUUUUUAAGCAAAGUUUUGUACUAUAAUGACUACAGCUUAACUGAUUUGAGAGAUAAGAGUGUGUAAGGUGUUUGGAUAUUGUAAAAUGAAUGUAAAGGCAGAUAUGAAUUGAAUUUUACUAAAACAUUCAUUUACUCAUAAACAUGUAUCCAAGUUGCUUAUUUUUUUCAUUUAUACAUAUAAAUAUGAGUUUAAUAAAACCAGUAAGAUUGGGCAUUUCUGUGUAGAAAGCCUUUGAAAUAUCUAGAAAUUCUUGAAAGUGUUUUAGUUUCAGUCACUUGUUUUUCUCGCUAAUAGUAUCCAUUAUUGUCCAGUGUAUGCCCAGUGGCUGCUAGAAUUUCUUAUGAUUUUGUCACAUGAAAAGUGGCACAUUGCAAUACUCUUUUACAUGAAAGACACGAGUGUUUAUAAGUGCAUAUCUGCUGUCAGUUCUUAACCGUUUACUGGUAUGAUUUGUCAGGUAUGGUUUUUCUGGGGAUCCAAAACACAGAAAAGGCUGUAGUUAUAAGUUUCUGUAUUGAUCAGUGAUAAUUUUGUUAAUCUAAUUGGUGAUUGUAUUUUUCUCAUAUAUUCCAGUUCAUUGUAUUAUAACCAGUAGAUAUUCCUGUUGUCAUUUUUCAUUAUGAGUAUCAAUCCUUUUUGUCAUUAAUAAGGUGAUUAUUAGAAGUUUAUUAUUAUUAUUAUUAUUAUUACUAUUAUUAUUAUUAUUUCCUGAAAGACAGCAGACUUGUAAGUAGCUCUCCGUCCUUGGCAUGUUGUCAGCAGUGCCAUAAAGGCCGAACCAUUCUAAAGGGAUUCGACAAUAUCACUACCACCGGUGUUGCUUUGUAAGACCCAACAGUGCAAAAGGUGUCACCAUGCAAGCUGUUUCUUGUUUUCAUUAGAACAGUUAAUUGUCACAGUCAUAAUAUUACCUCAAUAAAAGAUUGAUGCCCUC